CGUUUCAUACUCACACUUGUAUCUUACUCGUUUAGCACAAUCAAGUGUGCUGCCAAAUGCUCACUUGGUUCCCUAUCUUGUCAGUCUCUCGUUUGAGUCUAAGUACCUCAGCCAACAAGAUUUUGGCCGGAUUACCCCCGAUCGGGAGCAGGCGCCAAUAAAAGAAAAGAAGAAGAAGGGAGUCGGGACUGUCUGGGACUGUCUGCUGAACGUGGCGGGUGGCCAUUGAUAUCCGAUGCUGUUUAUUAUUGGAGUUGGAUUUGAAGCCGGAAAGACAAGAAACGGAGUAUAUAUUGUGAAGUACAUUUUGUAAAGCACAUAUUUUCUGAAGAAAAAGAUGGAUAUUGUCAGCCCUACUCCUCAAGAUCUGCAAACAAAACUCUACUUUCUGGUGGAACAACUGCAGCACAUGGCCGGAGAAUUACCGCCAAAGUAUCAGAUGCGAUUGCCAUAUGAAUUAUUGUCCGGCUUGGCCAACUCGUUGUUAAACGACACCAUAUUUGAAAUAGUGAAAGGUCUGAUGGAGAUACAGCACGUCACCGAGAAACAUCUCUUCCAACAGCGACUUCAGCUUUUAAAUCAGCAGAAGAUUGAGUGCCAAGAAGCGUUAUCGGCAACAAUGACAGAAGAGGAGCUGACCUCAAUGAAAGUAGCACUAUACAAGAAGCACAAGGAAGAGUUGAAGCAAAUGGACAUGAAAUUGGUAUUGCAAUUAGAUCAAAAAGUAGCUGAUCAGCAGAGUAUAUUGGAGAAAGCUGGAGUACCUGGAUUCUAUGUGACGAACAAUCCAGUGGAGAUUCAGGUGCAAAUGAGGCUGUGCGACUUCAUAAUCAGACUCAGCAAGAUGGAUAUACCAACUUGACAUGAAUAUAAAGUUCUUCUAUAUAAUUUCCAUUUAUUCAGUUAUAUUCAUCACUUACGGAUAACAAUUAUGUCAUUAUUUUAUUAUUGUAGUUAUUAUUGUUAUUUGUUAGUUGUUUAACAUUAAAUUGUAAAGGUCAAAUUUUGAAAACUGCAUAGAUUUGUAUUAUAAAAUAUUUUAUUUAAAUCAAGAUUUCUGUACAAAUGCAAUUUCACCUACAUUAUAUUGAAACAUAUCACUUAAAAAUUUACAUUUGUUAAUUAAAAUCAAUUAAAGUGUAA